AUGUCAGGUCGCAGAGAUGAGGUCAUCAGUGAGCCCACGGGCUGUGUACACUAUGGCGGCGCCCAUGAGUGCAGGCGUGAUCUAGGAGCCAGUGACGAGGAUGUGGUCGGUCAGGGCUGCUCGUGUCCUGGCUGAGGUUAAAGCGGCAGGAACUGUCAUACUUCUAAGUAAGAGGGGUCAUCAAAAGUUUAAUAGGUUUUCUGCAUGUCUAUAUGGGAAGGACUCUGCUAUUGGAAGUUUGUUGGGGGUCAACCAGCAUAUAGCUACAAGUGAACUUCUCAGCCCACAAGCACCAGCUAUUUCCUUCAAUAAAGCUAAUCAAGACAGUUUAUUAAAGCAUGAUCCUGACCAGCCAGAGAACCCCAAGGUCCUAAAGCUUGCGAUUAUAGGAGCUCCCAAUGCAGGAAAAUCUACUUUAUCCAACCAGCUUUUGGGCAGAAAGGUUUUUGCCGUAUCCAGUAAAGUGCACACCACACGCUGCAAAGCAAAGGGUAUCAUCACAGAAGAAGACACCCAGAUAAUCCUCCUGGAUACUCCUGGUAUGGUCAAUAAUUUAAGAGCUGAAAGGCAUAAACUGGAUAAAGCCUUUCAGGAGGACCCUUGGGAAUCAGUGAAGAUGGCUGAUGUUGCGUUGGUUUUGGUGGAUGUUUCGGAUAAGUGGAUGAGAAAAUCUUUGCACCCCGAGGUGCUCAAGUGUUUAUCCAAGAACCCCCAUGUCCCCAGCAUACUGGUGUUAAACAAAGUUGAUUUAGUAACGCAGAAAAGCAUGUUGCUGGAUGUCACAAGUAAACUGACUGAAGGACUGGUUAAGGGGAGGAAAGCGGUAAUAAAAUCUAGUAAAAAAUCUGUAGACAGAAGCGUCAAGUCAGAUCCACAUAUAAGAAAAGAAGAGUCUGGAGGACUGCCCGAGGAUGAGCAGGAUAAUUCUGACAAAUACCUAAAAGACAGGACUGGGUGGCCUCAUUUUCAGGAGGUGUUCAUGCUUUCAGCAUUAGAAGGAGAUGAAGUUGAUACACUAAAGAAAUAUCUGAUGACUCUUGCCAAGCCAGGAGAAUGGGAAUAUCAUAGCGAGGUUGUGACUACUCAGUCACCAGAGGACAUUUGCCAAAAUAUUAUCAGAGAGAAGCUUCUGGAAUACUUGCCCAAGGAGAUUCCUUACAAUAUCACUCAGAUCAAUGAACUUUGGGAGGAAGGUUCUGGCGGGGAGCUGGUUAUUAAGCAGACUUUGCUAGUGCCUAAAGAAAACCAUGUGAAACUUAUCAUUGGCCCUGGUGGGGAGCUGAUCAGCAAGAUUGCAAAGGAAGCGGGGAGCGAUCUAAUGAAUGCUUUCCUGUGUGAUGUCCGGUUACAACUUGCGGUGAAGUAUAGGAAGAGAUAGGAGCCAGAUGUUCAUGUUCUGCUGGAUUUAAAUUAUAAACUGAAAGUGUGAACAGUGGUAUGGACUUGAGAAGUUUCCGAAUAGACGGAGAGACUUUUGGCAGCGUUCAUAACAAACCAUUAGUCAUGAAGAACAUGCUAAAGAGAUAACUAAUUUUUUUUUAACACAGUUACAUGUACAUUAUUUGUGGCAUGCAUACGUUUUCAGCCAUAUUGAUUCUUUACCACUCUAAAAUUAGUUUCUAAUGUUGCAUACAUUUUCCAUGAAUCCUCUGGCUUUGCAGAGACAGCAGAUGGAGUCUCAUCACUGCAGUUCCUUUAAUUAAGGUCACCUGGCUAGGCGCAAGCAGCCUAAGGGUACGUUCAGACAAGCGGAUCCACAGCAUAUUUGACGCUGCAAAUCCACCGCCAAAG